AUGGGAUCGCCGACCACCACCCCCUCAAUAUUGCCGUGUCUCGCCCACCCUGCUAUUAAGCUGCGUCAUGAUCUACCAGUGGAAUGCGGACGCGGGAUGCGCUCCAGGGAAGUUGUGAAAAAAAUAUAUUCCUGGCUGGAACUGAGAUCGUGCUGGGCAAAGUUUGUCUCAGAAGCUGGCACCAUCGUCAACGGGUGGCAUCGAGACCUGCUCACCACGCCUUUCUUUGGAAGCUUUAGUUCCGAGUCCCAGUUCCCGUUGGAUAUGUAUGCAUGCAUAUAUGUGCUUACAUGCAAGCCAGUCGUGAUCGUCGAUGGGGGAAUGCAGCAGUCUCAGAAAUCCCUCAAGCCGCCACUGGUUUGGACAAGGUCGAAGUCCAUAGUAGACCUUGGAACGAGUGAUGGGCGGUAUGGAGCUGUGAUACUUGCCAUCCAGGAUCCCUAUGGCUUGUUUGAACAUCAGAUGGCAUGUGUGAAGGUUGGAGUCCGAGCAGGCUACCAGGAUAGGCACUGA